GGUGCUGGACCUGAUGGAGAGCGACCUGCACCAGAUCAUCCACUCGUCGCAGCCGCUGAGCCUGGAGCACGCCCGCUACUUCGUGUACCAGCUGCUGCGGGGCCUCAAGUACGUGCACUCGGCCAACGUGGUGCACCGCGACCUGAAGCCCAGCAACCUGCUGGUGAACGAGAACUGCGAGCUGAAGAUCGGCGACUUCGGGAUGGCGCGGGGCCUGGGCACCGGGCCCGGGCAGUCCGAGGCGUUCCUCACCGAGUACGUGGCCACCCGCUGGUACCGGGCGCCCGAGCUGAUGCUCUCGCUGGACGGCUACGGCAGCGCCAUCGACCUGUGGUCGGCGGGCUGCAUCCUGGCCGAGAUGCUGGGCCGGCGCCAGCUCUUCCCGGGCAAGAACUACCUGCACCAGCUGCAGCUGAUCCUGACGGUGCUGGGCACGCCGCCCGAGCGGCUGGUGGCCUCGGUCGGCUCCGAGCGGGUCCGCGCCUACCUGCAGGGCCUGCCCGCUCGCCGCCCGGUGCCCCUGUCCUCCCUGUACCCGGGCCAGGACCCCCAGGCGCUGGAGCUGCUGGGCCGGCUGCUGAGCUUCGACCCCCAGCGGCGCCCGUCCGCCUCUCAGGCCCUGCGGCACCCCUUCCUGGCCAAGUACCACGACCCGGGCGACGAGCCGGCCUGCUGGCCCCCCUUCGACUUCUCCUUCGAGCGGCCCGCCGGCCUGCCCGGCCGCGAGCAGAUGAAGCAGGCCAUCGCCUGGGAGAUCGAGGACUUCCACCGGCGCCGGGAGGGCAUCCGCCGGGGCAUCAGCCGGCCCCAGGCCCAGCCCCAGCCCCCGGACGUGGACAUGGCCGCCCCCGAGUCCCGGGAGCCCCCCGACGCCGGGAGGCAGCGGGAGGAGCAGCUGCAGCCGAACGAGGAGGAGGAGGAGGAGGACAACGAGGAGGAGCAGCCGCAGAACGGGGAGGAGGAAGGGGCGCUGGUGCCCAGCAGCACCAGCACCACCAGCAGCACCAGCACUGCCGGCGGCGACGCCAAGAGGGAGGGGGCCAUCUCCGCCGACACCAAGGCCGCCCUCAAGGCCGCCCUCAUC